GGCCAAUCUUUUGUCUGCAGAACCACUUCAAACUACUACACCUCACUCGAACUCCCCGACAAGACAGUCAUCAUCACCAACACCCAGACUAGACUAAACACUACUCCAGGUUCAGCAUGCCAAAGAACAAAGGCAAGGGAGGCAAGAAUCGUCGGAGAGGAAAAAACGAGAACGAGUGCGAAAAGCGAGAACUGGUAUUCAAGGAGGACGGACAAGAAUAUGCACAGGUCACCAAGAUGCUCGGGAACGGCCGCUUAGAAGCCAUGUGCUUCGAUGGCGAGAAACGCCUGGCUCAUAUUCGUGGCAAGAUGCGGAAGAAGGUCUGGAUCAACCAAGGUGAUAUCAUCCUGAUCUCUCUGCGAGACUUCCAAGACGACAAAGCCGAUGUGAUCCAGAAGUACACCACCGACGAAGCCCGGAACCUCAAGGCCUACGGCGAACUGCCAGAGAGUGCCAAGAUCAACGAGACAGAUACCUUCGGUCCUGGGGAGGAUGAUGAAUGCAAUUUCGAGUUCGAAGAGGCUGAUAUCGAUGAUAUCUAAGCCAUUCCCAUCAUUGAUUGUGUUUCUAUGAACUACUACAUACAUCGUUUCUCUUCUCUUCUCUUGUUCUUUCUUUCUUUUUUGGUGUGUAUCCAAGGUUUUCUUUUCUUUUUUUUUGUGUGUUUUUGAUUCUUAUUGUUAUUAUUGAUGAUGAUGAGAGAUUGAAUGUUCCAGAGAUGGAUGGAUAUUCGGAACCUGAUUAUCCUUCUGGUUGGAGAGAUUGAGUUUGUGGAUGAGCUCGAGUGAAUUUUUGUAAACCUGCAGCUCACCACUGAUAGCUGUAUCAUACACAGAUCUGAGUUUAGGUAGAUCCAUUAAAUACAUAAAGAGAUACAUCAAAUGGUAAAUAAUGUUAAAAUGAUAGUGGCAACAUGGAGGAUAAAAA